GGACCUUUUGGAGUGAAUCAUGUAGCAUAAUUUAUCCUUGACGCUUCUCUUCCUUUUUAAUGCUGUGACAUUAUAUGGCCAAAAGCAUCACACGGGUCAUUUAAAAACCACCAGGAGUUUCUGAAAUAUUUAUAUCUGUUCCACCAUUUUUCAGAAUGGAUAUAUCCACCAACCAGUUAAAAUUAGCUUUUUAAAUUUGGCAAGAUUGGAAGGAUGAAAGAUGCUCAUUAGAGAUAAAAGUUACUAUGAUUUACUUGCAGGCAAAUAACUUAUGAAAAGAGCUGUUAUGGUUACUGUACCUGAUGCUUAAAACUUGGUCAAUAUUGGAACUACUUUUUAAAUGCACUCCUUGAAGAACUUGUUUAGUAUUUUCUUGAAUUUCUCAAUGCAAGGCAUGCUGUACCAAAGUCUGUUGAAAUGAUUGUAUUUAUUGUGCCUGACUUUUUCUUGAUUUUAAAACCGCUUUAUGAUCUCAGGGUUGUUCCCACUUGAUACUGUGAACAGUGCCACCGAUACCAGAAGCACAUCUGAAUAAGCAUUUUACUGUAAACCAGUCUUAUCAAUUGCAACGAUGCUGUAGUUUGCACUAGUUUGCAAUAAUCUGCACUCAUAUGCUGGUAAAAGUGAAAAAAAUGUACUAAUGGCAGUGUUUGAUAUCACCUCUAUUUUAAUAUGACAAUGUUGAUGGGGAAUUAUUAUGUGCAGUCCAGAGCUCCAUAAUGGUGUUUCUAUGAGCUCAGUUCAUGCUGGGAAGUAUUUUUGAUGAUGGAAUUAUGUAUCUUUAGAUUUUCAUAUUCUCACCUUCUUAUCUGAGACUGAACUAUACUGACUACUUAAAAAAAAAAACAGUUUGUGUAACUGAGAAGGAAUAAAAUGAUAUACUUAAUAUUGCUUGUGUGGUUGCAUGCACUUUUCUCAUAGAUAGCCACAAGAGGGCAUCACACAACUGUAAAAUCAGUUUGCAUGCACCAGCACAUCUCAUCUGUCUUAAGUUGACAGGUUAGGUUAGAAUUGUUUGGAUUUAAUGGUACAACUACCACACCUUAUGGUAGAUCCUGUUGGGUCAGGUUUCACACGCCACCAUAGUCCUGGGAAGUUUCAAACAGAUAACAACUCCAAAGACAAACAAAAAUACAUUUCUUGAAAAAAAUGAGAUUUAAAGAUCAUGUGCAUGUUCUCACAACAAUGCUGAUCAUCUUAAUAUGGUGUUUCUCUAUCAACUGGUCAAAACUCCAAGAAGCUGCCAAAUGGUUAUGUAAUGUAAAUGAUGAUGUUAAUGAUUUUGUGACGGACUGUGACAAUCUAGGUCUAUUUAAGCCUCAUUUUGGUUGCUGUCCGCAUAAACAGUGCCCUAUGAACUACUUUCCCUUUCACAUUCACAGCGGUGUAGCCGAUGUGGUGGCUGCAAAGAUCUGCUUUAACAAUACAAUCAUCAUGGGUGGCAUUAAGAAUAAUGCAGGACAAGGGCUGAACAUUGUGUUAGCAAACGGUGCAACUGGUGAGGUUUUAAGAAAUAAGAACUUUAAUCUGGAAUCUAGAGGUCCUGAGGAAUUACUUGUCUUUCUAAUGACACUAAAACCAGGAAAUAUAGUGCUUGUGGCCUCACACAUCGACCCUACACCAAAGCUGACUGAUGAGAUUAGAGAUAUAUUCAGUGCACUGGGCAGCACAUUGGUCAAAUCCCUGAAGCCCAGAGAUGGCUGGGUAUUCGCAGGCGCCUAUGGAAUAAAUGAAGCUAGUCCUUUUGAAAAGUUAAUUCAAAAUGAUGUGAGGAGCAACGCGUAUGAAGACUGGCCAGAAAUGGGGGAGAUCAUUGGCUGCUUUCCCAGAAUAUCUGAGACUGAAUAAGCCACAGUAACCAACCUCAUAUCACCACGUUUGGAACAUUUGAAAAUAGGACAUUAACAACACAGUAGCAACACAUUUUUUCUUUUUUUGCUGUCUUCCCUCCCUAAGCAAAUAAAAUUGAAGGAAUAGUUUA